AUUUGCGGAACAGUGGUGGCCUAGUAACGAUCAAUAAGGCAAACAUUGGACAGGACAGCUUGAAUGGGGCGAAUGUCAACCGUCCCGUGCUUCAAACUACUCCGACAAACGAAGGCUUGAAAGGGAAUGUUACUAUGAUCAUGGAAAACCCUGGUUUGGACGACGAUUCCGACUCCGACUCGGAAGGAGGGGGAGGGGCCGGGCGGCUGUCCAAGGGACCUGUCAUCGGGGGACAGCACGCACAGCUCUCCCAGGGCCAGGAUGGGGCACCAACCGGACUCAAACCGGGCAAGAAAACAAAAGGCAGAGUCAAGAUUAAAAUGGAGUUUAUUGAAAACAAACUUCGACGGUACACGACUUUUAGCAAGCGUAAAACGGGCAUAAUGAAAAAGAAUGAUGUUAUUGGUACUCUUAAAGUUGUUUUUUAUGAUGCAAGUUCAACUUAUGUUAUUUUGGCAUAUGAAUUGUCGACAUUGACCGGAACCCAGGUGAUGUUACUCGUGGCCAGUGAGACUGGACAUGUUUACACUUUCGCCACCCGCAAACUCCAGCCCAUGAUCACCAGUGAAAGUGGGAAAGCCUUGAUACAGACCUGCCUUAACUCUCCUGAACAGCCCAAUGUGCCCGGCACCCAGCAAGCCAUAGACCAGCGCAUGAACCCCACCGGCUUUGAAGAAACAGAACUUUCCUAUGCUGUCAAUGAAGAAGAAACAAAGGCUGGUGAAUUGCAGGGCAUUAAACAUGGGAUCUACACAGCCAUUCCGGGUCAGAUGAUCAGCACUGGGGGUGGGGAGCAUCAGCUGAUGCAGGCCCAGACCAUCACGCCUACAGCCACCCAGCUGCAGACUGCUCAGCCUGUAUCAGUACAGAUCACUGGGGGUCAGUCUUACACCUCCACUCAACCUUACAUGUCCUCUGCUAGCUCCUACACCCUGUCAAAUGCGUCCACUGUCAGCACCAGCACUGCGUCCUCCAAAUCUGGGAAUAUGUCGAUGCAGCUUCCAACAGGGGGCAUUACAGCUAUCAUACAACAAGGUGCACCCAUCACAAUCCCUGUACAACAGAAUACUUCGCAGAUCUCCCAACCUCAGCAGCAGACGCUGUAUCGAAUCCCUACACCUAACCAAGUUGUCUCUCUACAAGGCGGCGCUUUACAGCAAAACACUGUAACCACGGAUACAGGGCAGUCGCUGUCAAACCUGGGGACUUCCAUCUCAUCAAAUGUUAACAUUCUUCAAGGGGGUACUGGUGUACCCACAACUAACAGUAAUCCAGCCAUGACCCCAGGAAUUGUCAUGUACCAGACCCCUCAGGGGGUCGUGUAUGCUACGCCCACUACAGCCACUCUGCCUGAUGGAUCUAUAUUUAAUUUUCAACAGCCUGCCACAGCAUUAUCAUUAGCCCAACCAGAACAACAAGCUGGUUCUCAGCAGUACAUCACCAUUCCCGUGCCUGUGUCGCUGGCUGGGUCACCACAGGUAUUACAGAUAUCACAGACUGGAGAUGCAACGACAACGAUUGGUGAACUCUCACAACCAUCAGUGGCUAAGAAGUCGAGAAAAUGAAAUGUUGAGAGGAACACUUCAUCGAUACUAUUUCUACACUCUUUUCUUGCUGGUCAAACCUGAUUCUGCUGGACUGAAUUUUGUCUCGGUUGUCACAACGUGUGGUAAAAUACACAUUGGGUCGUUUCAAAAAUAGUGCUGUCGAGGGAAAGACAACUCUUACAGCUGGACUGAAAGAGUAAUUUCCCUUGGAUAGAUAUGUAAAAUACAUUAUGCAUGUAUGAUGGCGCUUUCAUAAGGCACAAGCUUACUCCACAUACUGCCCCAUCUCUAGCCCAUAUCUUUAAUUGUUCAGUUGUGUUUUCAGAGAUAGUAAGUUUUACAUUGCCUAUCAGGGAGUUGUUAAGGGUGCUGUUAACAGAGGAUAUAUUGUAUUUUUUUAUGUAACAAUGCAGUAACAUGUGAAAAGGUCUUGCAUUUAACAUAUCAUGAACUUCCACAAGUCAUCUGGCUGUCAUGCAUGGAUGUUACUGCCUGGUGACUAAUAACAUUAACUCAGCUUGUACACGGCGAAAUAUUUGUAAGAGGAAUCAAGUAUAGCUCAUAUAUCUACUUGUCUUGACUAUCAUUUGUCCUGUCUUUUUGGAUGUUUUUUCUUAAAUUUUAACAAAAAUAUAAAAUCUUCUACUUUUCUGGUGAUUUAUUCAAAACUGCUAAUUAAGAUGCUCCCUUUUUAACCCCAGUCUUUGAUGGAAUUUUAUGUUUUUUCCCUGAGACAUGUCUUCAAAUAUAAUUAAAUGUACAUUGUUUCAGUUCUUGUACUGCAUUAGAGUCACAGUCUUUGAUUUAAGCCUAGGCCUUGAUGGGAUUUUAUGAUGUUUUCUUCAGAGCUGUCUUCAGAUAUAAAUAAAUACAUAUUGUUUCUGCACUUGUACUGCAUUAGAGAAUGAGACGCAAAAAUCUUCCUUCACCUCUAUUCUCACAUUGUUUGUUUUGUUUAUUUACUGAAAUAAUCAGUAUUUUAUAUAGGCAAAUAGCAUAAUAUUGGAAAGAAAAAAUGUAUUUAACAAAGUAUCUUGAUGAUUUGGUUUGUAUUUAAGACCUACAAAACUGGAAUUCAGAAUUAAUUUGACCUAUAUCAUGAUUUUGUAUUAGCAAAUUAGCACAUGCUGCAAUAUUAACUCUAUUGUUGAAUGUUAAUAAGGCUUCGCAUGACAAUAUUGUUAAAAUCUAGGGAGCUGUACUUCAUCCACAAACAUGCAUGCAUAUGAUAAAUUGUGUAACUAGAUAACAAACAUUGUCAUAAUGAUACAUUAUUAUGACAUCUGGAAUUCAAGGAUUUGUAUUGAUUGUACUUAUUUUUAUCAGAGAAAAUGGUAGUAUUUUGAUUGGCUGUCAUGGGACUCCUGAUUCAUAAGUUGAAUCGCUGUAACUGUACAUUACAUCCCAGUGUGUCCUAUGUACUAGAGUGUUAGCAGAAGUCCAUUACCUAGAAGUAUGCCAUUUCCCUAUAACUAGUCUCCAUGGCACAGUACACUUGUUAAGCUUGCUCCACCUGGUAGAGAAUUAUGCCAAACUCUGGGGUAGAAGCUGUGAACUGAAUUAUGGGAAAUCUAAUUGUAACCGGCUGCUACAGGGACUGGCCACACCUUGAACUCCGCAUUUAAAAACUACAAUUUGAUAAUCAUUGUUGGUAUGCAGUUAUAAACCCACUGACUGUUUUCUAUUUUUCCAAGCAACUCUAAAACCAUUACUAUCAAAGACAUUGUUGUAAUUUUUUAAAGUCUAUUUCAACACAACUGCGUUUGGAUCCCACCAUGCAUCAGCUGUUACUCAAAUGUUAGCUGCGCAAUAGAGAAAUAAAAUAAAUACAUGCAUGCCCAGAUAUGUCACAUAAUCUGUUAGAGAUGGAAUUAAAGUGUAAAAUGACGUGGAGACUAGGUAUAGGGAAGUUGGAUACUUCUUGGUAAUUGACUUCUGGUGUUACUACAUAUGCAGCUUGAACAUUGGAUCAUCUGUCGCUUCUGUCAGUCAAUCAGAAUCAAGGAUUUUUCCUUUAUUGAGAUAUUAGUACUAUACAGCAACAGUCUAUCAUUAUGGCAGGAAUAUAUAAAAAUUAUAUUCUGAUGUUUUUUGUUUUGUACAACUAUGCUUACAGUAAAAAUAGAAAAUGAACAGCAACUCCAUGACAACAAAAGCAGGGAAAGGUUCUCUAAUCAGGCUCUUUCAGCCAUAUAAUGUUGACGUUUGCUCUCUUUGCCUCUCUUUGUUGUUAUAACAAAACUUGUUUUAGCUUGUUUUACAGAUAAUUUUAAAGAAAAUAAAAAUAUGGUACUAUCCACUGAAAUGUUUGAGGCCUGGUGCCAAGAUGGACAGCUUUAAAUAAAGUAACCAGUUAAUGGAGCUUUUGAAAUCUGUAAGUUAAACACUCUGAUGGCUGUAGAAAGGUCUUGUUUUCACCUUCUUCAGAUGCUAGCCAGUAGCAAAUGGUAGUGAACGAUCUCCUGUGUACAGUGUAGCUGCUAUGGCAAGUUUCAGUUUUCAGCACAGACCCAGCACUUGUAUUUUACAUGUAUAUAUUGUACAGUUUAUUUAUUUAUUUUAGUGUAGCUUGUUUUAUACAGUGUUGUGCAUACAUGAUGUACUGACUCAUGUCAGUAUGGAUCAAGACUGAAACAUUUACUGAUAUGUGACACAUAUCACAUACAGUGGUGUUCUGUAUUGAUGCAACAAAGCAUUGAGCACACAAUGUACUGACUCAUGUCUGUAUGGGUCAAGACUGAAACAUUUACUGAUAUGUGACACAUAUCACAUACAUGUGGUGUUCUGUAUUGAUGCAUUAACAAGAAAUGCUUGCAAGAGAUCAAGCUGUAUUUCUACAUCCUCUGGCUUGUACUGACCUAAGAGACUGAGUUGAUAUUCUUGUGCAGUUUCGAUUCAGAAACCCGAUCACUCCCUUGUUCCUGCAAGAAAAAAACAAUGAAAGCCCUGUAAACAUGCACUUGUACUGCCUUUUGAAGGCAGAUUCAGUUUUGAAUCAUCUGCUUUGUAAAAAAACCUUUGUACAAGUAUCAUUACAGUGGAACGGGGUCAGACAUGAUAGCUGCUUUGCACAGGUUUACAAAAAUUACAAUUUAAUUACAUCGUUGCAAAUUAACCACAGACCUAUAGACGGCAGAUUCGGUGAAUGUAAACGCAUUCUAAGUUGAUAUUGUAUCAAGUUGAUGAUGUAAAUUGAUGAUGAUGACAAUUGACAAGAUCGUGAUGUAAAAAUACAUACAUAUUAAAUGGCUGGUCUGGAAACCUGGUGUAUACCAUCUCUGUUUUCACAGCUGUUAAUAUACAUUUUAUGUACAGAUAAUUGAAAUGCUGUGGAUCAGUUAUUGCUUCUCUAAGGCACUGUUUCAUAAUUGAAUUGGGAAACCAUAUCUUGUAAAUUUUGAUGUCUUUUUAUGUUUCUUGUACUUAAUUAUGUGGAUUAUGUGUAAUUACAACGAAAGUCUUGGCAGUAAUGCUUUAAGAUUCUCCAGUCUCCCAGAUUUUAGGUGUUCAAGCCUAUUCAACAAGUGAGAGCAUUUUCAUUGGUUUACUGAGGUAACUUAAUAGUCUUCAGUGUGUGUGUAUUUACAGGUAUAUAUAUAUGUACAAUUUUGUGUCAAAAUUUAAUUAUUCUAGCACAAAUUUACAUGCUUUUAGUCUUGUAACCUAUACAGUUGUAUUUAAAUACCAUAGUAAGGAGUUAUUUGACACACGUGAAAUUGUAAGUGAAAUUUUGGAAGAAAUCUUUGAUGAGUGAUCAAAGUAAGCAUGUGGACCGACCAUUGAGAUUUUUGAAUUAAGAUGGAUAAGACUGUAAAAUUUCUUAGUGGAUCCUUUUUUCACAUUUUUGAUAUCGUGAAAUUUUUGAAGUUGUCAGUGAUCAUUUGAACAUGUGUCUUGGUGUGCUGUUAUUUGUGUUCGCUCUUUGCCAACCUACAGUAAAAUACCAGUGUUGCCAUAUUAUGUCAGAGAUGUGGAAAUUAAAUUUAUAUUCCUCAUUGGAGUUGUUAAUUGAGCAUAACUAUAAAGCCAUACUGAUCGUUCAUGUGACAACAAUUGAACGUGAAAAUGUUUGUAUGCGUUCGCUGCAUAUAUGUCACGUCCAUAUCCGUUAGAUAUGUUUCAAGUUUGCGCCCAUCAUGUUAUAUCUUUUCAUCCAGAAUCAUGUGAUCUGUUUGUUACCAUCGUUUUGUACAGUCGUGUAUGAAUAAAGCUGAAGUAUUUU